AUGCAGAAACAAAAGAAAACUGAAAAAUCUGUUCCUGUGAUGCAGAAAAAAGAUGUUACAACUGCUGGGGUGAGUAAGGGCUCACAGGCCCAAUCACCCACCACCAAAUCCGGGCCGCGGUUUAUUUCACCGCUAAAAUCUCCUUUUGGAGCUUCGGGAAAACCUGAUUAUCCCACCCACCCGUCUUUUCAAACUCGCACAUAUGCGAGUGCAGCCACGGCCCGCUCGUACAGCCCUCGUAGCGGCGGGACCACAGCUGCUAUUGUUGCAACCUCCGUGGGCGAAUCAGUGCGCUCAGAGCGCUUGGAACGCUUGGAGUGUUGA